UUCGUCCCUUCCCUUUCCCCUCCCCUCCCCUCCCCUCCCCCCGAAUAUUCCAAGCUUGCGUCUUGCGGCGGCGGCGGCGGCGAGGAGGACCCCGAUUUCGCCUCCGCUCGGCCGGCCAAGAGGUGCGUCCUUCCCGCCCUCAACGCCGCGAGCUUCCUCUCCGGUCCGGGGCGUCUCCUUCCGAGGUGGUAGUAUGAUGAGGCCGUGGCGGCGUCGGCACGCGGAGAUCCUCAACACUCCUCGAGGCAACAACGGAGCUACUAUGCCUGGAGCAGAUGAUGCGUUUCCGGCAGAGUCGAGGACGACGGUGUUCUUUGGGGCUGUGACAUCUAAGUCAGAACCGCUGACCUUUCAAGAGUCCCUCGGAUUUGUCAAGAAAGUGAAGGCUCGCAACUACAUGCUGUACCUGUCGCUGUUCGACAUCCUCGGCAGGACGGAGCUGUCCCAGCUAGAGGCCUACCAAACGCUGCAGCUGCUGUUCCGCGACCACCCGGACCUGCACGAAGGGCUGGAGAAGUUCAGGCCCCCGAUGCCCGCCAAGCACGCCGCGGUGAACAGCAACCUCUGGCCGUGGGUGUUUGCGUGCGCCGCCGUCCCGCUGGUUGCGAUGAGCCUGAUCCCAGCGCUGGGGAACCCGGUGCUGUGGCUCGUGCAGCAGACGCUCGGCGAGAAGAUGAGGGCGGCGUGAUUCGAGCCUGAUUCCGUUCGGCUACUGCAGUUGCAGGCAGCAUGUACAUGUUGCUUCUCGGCUGGUCGAUAGGUCAAUCAUCAAUCAAUCAAUCAAUAAUGUAAUUAAUUGACACAUGGUCUUUUGCAUGCGUGCGUGCGUGUGGUGUGGCUGGUGUUUAUAUAGUUAAGGUAGAGCAAGCAGAACAACAUCAUCAUGAUGGGAGAAAAUCGGGUUUAUCAGGCUGCGCGGUACUGUCAGGUAGGCACUGGGAAGAAAGAAAUUUGGUCACAAACAAUUA